UCAGACGGUGCGUGUGGAUGAGAAAGCAACGGAGCUUGUGAGAGAAGGAGGAAGGAAAAGGGGGAGGGAGGAAGAAUCAGGAGCAUGUGAGGAAGAGGGAGGGAGCUUCAGGCAGCCACACUGGACUACGCUCACACACUGCAGUCUUUCUUUUCUUCUCUGAGGAAACUGUCUGCCUCGUCUCCCUGCUCGUCUCUCCUUCUUGCUCUUUCUUCUGUCGCUGCUUGGCCAUGACCCCGGCGGACACCUUGAUCUCCCUGCCCUCCUAGAGAAGAGGAUAGAAAUGCUGUAGCGGAGGAGGGAGAGAGACGAGAAGAGGGGACACCGCACACUUUGCCUCACUGAUGAGACUCUGGAAAUUAAUUACCCGCCGUCAGCACAGAAGGGGGAGUGCAGAGAGGGACUCAGAGUAAGGUGCGAGGAGGAAAGAGGAGGGAGUUAAAGAGGACGAAUCGCUAAAUGGGUGAAGAGCAGGCUGUUGAGAGAGGCAGAGUAACCCCCGGACACUGUCAGAGACAAAAGACACAAGUUAGAGGAGGCAGGAAUUCAAAAGGGACAUCAAAUCAGAAUGGUCCACUCACAUGCGGUACUCAUCCCUUCAUGCUUCCUUCUCCUCACAUUCCCAACACCAUCCUUCCCUCUCAUCGGCUCGUCUCAUUUAGUUCCUUAAUGCAUGUCAGCAAAAGCACAUUGACAGCCACAACCACAUGCUGAACACUCAUCCAUCACUUAGACCACAGGGCUGUGUUUCAUCCUCAGCAGAUGUUUGAUCUGUUACUGAGUAAAACAAGUUGAUUGGCUGAAGCAGGUGUGCCAUUACCUCCCAGCCGGGAGCACCUGCUCAGGAAUCUCUCAUGAGACCAGGUAGGACGUUUCUGGAUCAUAUUGUCAGCCCCGAGCAGCUGGAGCGGUCGAGUCGAAACCCCUCAAUCGUCUUCCUUGAUUGAACUGUUGCGAGAUGAAACUGCAAACCAGCUUAUCUGUCAGAGCAUGACACCUGCCUCUGAGCGAUUACAGAGAGGGAAACAGUGGUGUGCAGAUGUGUGUGUAUGUGUUGGGAUUAUGUCCUGAAUAUACAAAUUACACAGGUGUUGCAGCAGGAUUAUACAAAGUCUCCUGCUGAAAUUAGAGGCACUGUAGGAUUAAAGAGAAGAACUUCAGUCAAGUGGAUGGCAGCACGUUCUCGUGCACAGAUUAAGUCAGAUCAAGUGUGAUCACACUUUGGGGCACAGUUAAAUCAGCUGUUCAGGGGUCAUAAUUAUUUGGAGCUGAACUGGGGACAGGUUGAAACUGCUGGAAUCCGUCUCACAGCCCUCAGUGGAAUAACUUGGGGACUUUGCUCAGACCUGAAGUACACAGAGUGACUAUUAAAGACUCAUCAAGGCUUCCAUAAUGAGACGCUCAAGCACAGAUGAGACUCCCUACCGGCGCAGUCCAUCUCUGGACAGCAAACCCGACACGCCACCGUUCACGUCUGGGUUUCACCGCUUCAGUGGGGAGUUUGAGUACAAGCGGCCACCGUUUGCGUUUGGCUUCCACACGACAAAGGGGCCACAGAGGUCUAAGGGGCGCUACGCCCAGGGGAAGAAGUAUGUGGUGUUUUACCUGGACCUCUCCUUCAUAUUCCUCCUAGAACUGCGGCGCUGCAGGAUGGCCGAGGGUUGCAUGAUGGCCCUGCGAUAUGGAAUGGUCUUCUUCAACCUCCUUUUCUGGUUGGGAGGAUGUGGCAUCCUGGGGGUGGGAGUCUGGCUCUCAGUGACCCAGGGGAACUUCGCCACCCUGUCAUCAUCCCUGCCCUCACUGUCGGCAGCCAACCUGCUCAUCGCAGUGGGGACCAUUAUCAUGGUGAUCGGCUGCUUGGGGUGUGUGGGGGCUGUCAAAGAGAGCCGCCCUCUGCUGCUGACAUUCUUCAUCCUCCUCUUGCUCAUCUUCUUCCUGGAAAUUCUGUCCAUAAUGCUUUUCUUCAUCUAUCAAGAAGAGAUUGAUCACUACGCGCAGAGGGAUCUGAAGAAGGGCCUCCAGCUGUUUGGCACAGAGGGCAACGUGGGUCUGACCAACGCCUGGAUGAUCGUACAAACUGAUUUUCGCUGCUGCGGAGUCACCAACCACACAGACUGGUUCGAGGUUUAUAAUGCAAGCCGUGUGCCGGACUCCUGCUGCCUGGAGUACAGCAACAACUGUGGCCUGGACAACCCAGGAACAUGGUGGACAGCGCCGUGCUACGAGCGGGUAAAGGACUGGCUUAACGAGAACCUGGUGGCACUUUGGAUCUUUGCUCUAUGCACAGCACUUACCCAGAUCCUGGGCCUGGUCUUCUCCAUGACGAUGUUCUGUCAGUCAGUGAAAGUAGAGACCUUCUACGCCUAGUGGUCGACGAUGAAGAUGUUUCUCAUCAGAGAGGGACAAAUAUAGACACACCCUCCUCCUCCUCCCUCUCCUUCUUCUCUUCCUCCUCCUCCUUUUCCAUACAGAGUCUUCUGUCCAACCUUCCUCCUCUCAGUGACAUUCCCUCUCAGGUGUCACCACUUCACAGUUUUUCUGCUAACUAUCAACAAGCACAGUGUCAAUGUAACUACCUGAGUUGGUUCCUAUGGUUUGCUAUGUGUCAAAAGCUAAUUUCUGUGAUACAUUUUAUGAAGAAGCAGUAUUAUGAACAUGUAUAAAACAAUUGUAACCCUAUUUGUUCAUUUUUUAAAUAUGUUUUUUGUUUUAAAUUAUUUCAUGGUUUGUAUGUGUUUUCAAAAUCAGAGCUACAGUCGGGAAAAGUGCACAGUGUGAAGUGCUCCAAGUGCAUGUCUCCUGCCAUGGUGUGUAUUAAAUGUUCUGGCUCGACUAAAAGACACACGUCAUCCUGUCAUUUCUCUGACCGGAAACGCUGAAGGUGUGGAUGACAAACAUGGUGACACAAGGGGACAUUUUACAGGAAGCAGCAUGUAAAACUGUGUCUGUGGUGUCUCUGUUGUCUGGUGUGCUGGAGUCAUGAAAACAUUUUACAGCACCUAACCAAUCAGGUAUUAUGCAGAUAUAUCUAAUAAAGCAGAUAUAUCUAAUAAAAAAAACUGCAGCCUUGUGCACACGUGACUUAACUGAGACGACAUUAGAAGAGUCUCUCAGAGAAAUUUAAAUGAGCAAGCAGCGGGAGCCUUUAGACUGGCCUGCAGCGAUUUCCCCCGCAGCACCAAACGCAGCUCCAAUGACAAAGAUUCAUGUGCAGUCUUUGAAGCUUCCUCUGGCCCUUUUGUGACUCUUUUUUUGUUUUGUUCCCACCUUAGGCCGUCAAGUACAGUCCAGGCUAUGAGUACACUAGAGUCACAUUUUGAUUAAAUAUCCCCAUAGGAGAAAUGCUUUAAGCGGUAGUGUUAAGGUCCAAGCACGGCAGGUGCUGGAACUCAUUUGCAUUUGUUAGGAUUUUCUCCCUUCCUGCUUCAUUUCUUUCAAGACAAUCUAGACCUGAAAGUGCAAAAGUACCAGAGCAAUUAAAAUCUGUGGAAAUGUUUCAAAUCUCUCCCUGUAGUCGGCCAAAGAAAUUACAGACAUCAGUCAGUAGGCGGAGCCACGACAGGACAUAUCACAUUUACAUUUUGUUCUUUCCGGUACGAGAUGUAUCCUGUCAGUCCUGAGAACUGUGCUGAAAAGACAAGAGUGGCUUCAGAGUUGUGUUAAAGGAUAAAGAUUAUGCUUAAUUCCAGGUUCAUAAUGUUAUUCUCGGUUACUACUAGAAUAGGUUUACAUGCUUUAAUGCUCAAGAAACACACCAACGUUCUCAUAAUGUCCAGUGCUGCCAGCUCUCUAUUCCACCUCUGUCAGAAGAGCUGUUUUAGCUCCUGUCUCUUUAAGGCCCCUCCGCCUGAAUACCUACUCCAUUCUGAUUGGCCAGCUCACACAUGCCUGAACCAUGACCACUAACAACAACAACAGAGCAGCUGUGCUCAAUCAAUUCUUACAAGCCAAACAAGCUGCUAGGCAUAAAUGAUGUGUAUGUGUUCUGUUAGUGCUGCCUUUUUUUAACUUUCAAGGUGGUUCAUGUGAACAAGAACAUAUGAAACAUUAACGGAAAGGAAAAUCAAAUAAAAUGGUACAUAAGGCCCUCACUAACUGGCAGUGAAGCAAAACAAAACACAUUGUUCAUGCUGCAGCUUGAUGGUCAGAACAAAAUAAAGAUUUCUAACAAAAUCUUCAAACUAAACUGACAGUACUGAAUCAUUAGCCUCACUAACGGAGUGGGUUUUAGCUGUGGAGUUCAUCACUGUUGACUGAAAACACUGUUUUCAAUGAAGGUCA